CCUACCAAUGGAUUCACCCUUGUGCCAUUGACGGAAGACAACUUCGUCUUACAAACACCAUACAACGAACCCCUCGAUGAUCGUUACAGUUACAAGGAUGGGGUUCGAGGUUUUUGGAUCUACAAUCAUGACAAGCCCUUCAAAACUGACAACCGAGCUCAGAGCUGCGCAUAUCGGUAUAUAUAUCUCUCUCCCUCUUCCUACCAUUUUUUCACAAUGCUAUGUCACUAAUAUUUCAACUAGUUGCCGAACUUGGGGGUUUUGUUGCAGGGGCAUGACCAUUCUUCUGGAAUUUGGCAAUUUGAAGAACAUAUAUGUGCCAAGUGAUAAUUCUGGGGUUACAAUUGUGCAGAUCCACGGUGCAGCUGAGGGAGCUACAUCUCUACAGCUAAGGAUGUACGACGGAGAUAUCAAAUACUACAAAUACAACCUCGUAGCUAUUGAUCCCUACGACAAGUGGUUUCAAGUAAACAUAAUCCACAACGUUGACAAAGGAAAGAUAAUAGUUUUCAUUGAUGGUGUCAAGAAGUUUGAGGUGGAAGGCCAAGGACCAGGGGACCUGUAUUUCACAUGUGGAGUGUAUGCCACACCAGAGAAUUCGAGUAACUACAUGGAAUCAAGGUGGAAAGAGAUCAACUUUACAAAAAAUGACGGAAAUUAGUAGAAUAUUUGUAUUAAGUAGCCAAGUGUGUCGUUACAGUGUAUCUACCGGUCUAUAUAUGGAGUACAACGCUACGGUUUUACUUGAGAACUCGUAUAACUCUUUCGCCCCCUUCUACUUCAGUUAUAGUAAGACUGUACCAGUGCAAAUCAUACAGGAUUCAGUAGCACUUUCAUAAUCCAUACAAUCAUUAAAUCCUAUUACUCAACCCCUAUGCAAGAUGGACAAAAUGCUGAAAUUCUCUGGCAACCAAAGUUGCUAACUAUCUCAAGGUUCGAUAAAAUUGUUCGACUCCUACAAGCAGUUUCAAGAAUGUCUCACUAUUACAGCGCUCCAAUUAUUUAUACAAUCUGAGCAGAGUUCAAAGACAAGCAAACAUCAGUUUGCAUAUCUCUGUACCUUCAAACACAUUGUUCAAUUUCUUACAGGAUUCAAAACCCGUAAAUAUGUUGUAUUAUUAUUCUUUCUGUGAUGAAUAUAUAAAAAGUCAAGAAAUAGAAUUGGGAAAGAUCUCAAGAACCGCACAGAAGUACAUACAUAGAUAUAUACAUAUAUUCACUCAUAUACAAUAAUAAUUGGCUUACCAGCUUGAGGAAUGUGGUAGUUGACGAGAUGUAAAAAAAAGUGUUCCUUGAUACCAAAGUAAGCCAAAACUUGGCCCUAUCCCGUGUCCCUA